CGGCGUCCGUGCGCGCGCUCGCUCGGUGCCGCCGCUCGCUCGCUCGCUCCGCGGUGGCGGCGGGCGCGAUGCGGGGCUGAGGGGCCGCGAGCCCAGCGCCGACCCGCUCGCCCACCGACCCGGCCCUCGCCGCCGGCUCCCGGCCCCGCUCUCCCGCUCUUCCCGCCGCUCCCGCCACCGCCGCCAUGUCUACGGGCUUCUCCUUCGGCGCGGGCACCCUGGGCUCCACGGCGACCGCCGGGGCAGGAGGAGGAGGAGGAGCCGUCGGGGGUUUUUCCUUCGGAACCGCCACGCCGAGCUCAACAGGAGGACUUAAUUUUGGAACUCUGGGCUCUUCCACUGCUACAGCAACUACAUCGGCUCCUUCAUUGGGUUUUGGGAGUGGACUUUUUGGAUCAAAAUCAACCACUGGCUUUACACUAGGAAGCACCAGUACAGCAGGAACAGCAACAACUAUCGCUACAGGACUGACAUUAGGCACACCUGCCACCACAUCAGCAGCUACCACAGGCUUUAGUUUAGGUUUCAACAAACCUGCAGGUUCAGCCACACCGUUUGCUUUACCUGUUACUUCUACCUCAGCGAGUGGCUUGUCAUUAUCAUCUACUCUUACAUCAACUCCUGCAGCAGGAACUACUGGCUUUACAUUAAAUUUGGGUGGCACAACUGCUCCAACUACAACUGCUUCCACAGGCCUUUCCUUAGGAGGAGCCUUAGCAGGCUUAGGAGGUUCACUUUUCCAGAAUACAAGCACAGCAGCAACAGGACUUGGGCAGAAUGCUUUGGGUUUAUCUCUGGGGACAACUGCAGCUCCUUCAACUACUGCCAGUGAAGGUCUUGGUGGCAUUGAUUUUAGCAGUUCUUCAGACAAAAAGAGUGACAAAACAGGAACAAGACCAGAAGAUAGCAAAGCACUGAAGGAUGAAAAUCUACCUCCAGUUAUAUGUCAAGACGUAGAAAAUCUACAGAAAUUUGUGAAAGAACAAAAACAAGUUCAGGAAGAAAUUAGUAGAAUGUCCUCUAAAGCAAUGCUUAAAGUACAAGAAGACAUUAAAGCUCUGAAACAGCUUCUCUCUGUAGUUGCCAGUGGAUUACAGAGAAACAUUCUUAAUAUUGACAAGCUGAAAGUUGAAACUGCACAGGAGCUAAAGAAUGCAGAAAUAGCAUUGCGAACACAGAAAACUCCUCCUGGUCUUCAGCAUGAAAAUACAGCCCCAGCAGACUACUUCAGAAUCUUGGUCGAACAGUUUGAAGUACAGCUGCAGCAGUACAGGCAACAAAUUGAAGAACUGGAAAAUCAUCUUGCUACCCAAGCAAAUAAUUCACACAUAACUCCACAAGAUUUGUCUAUGGCUAUGCAGAAAAUCUAUCAAACAUUUGUAGCUUUAGCUGCACAACUUCAGUCAAUACAUGAAAAUGUAAAGAUGCUCAAAGACCAAUACCUUGGCUACAGGAAAAGCUUUCUGGGAGAUGCCAUGGAUGUGUUUGAGGCAAGACGAACAGAAGCUAAGAAGUGGCAAAGCGCGCCACGCGUUACCACUGGACCGACCCCUUUCAGCAACAUACCAAAUGCAGCAGCCGUUGCAAUGGCUGCAACACUUACUCAGCAGCAACAGCCUGCUACAGGGCCACAGCCAUCUCUGGGAGUUAGUUUUGGAACGCCAUUCGGCUCAGGUAUUGGCACUGGCUUGCAAUCAAGUGGCUUAGGUUCUUCAAGCCUUGGAGGAUUUGGAAGUAGCUCUGCCUUUGGAAGUAGUGCCACAGGAGCGUCAUCAUUUGGGUUUGGAACUACAAGUAAACCAUCAGGAAGUCUAAGUGCAGUACCUUCCAGCACUGUGGCUGCUGUCUCCAGACACUGAUGGAUGGUUAAAGUAUCAUGGGCAUUGACUGGUAUGGAGUCUUGUGGAAAUGGACACCUGGGUUUGGGGAGGGGCAUGACAUGGAGUUGAUGCCUGCAGCAGCUUGGGAAGACUGUGGUUACCCACUGUGAGAAGUCCAUGGAGCUCCAGCACAGCUGUGAUGUUCCAUCUCCACUCAACUGGUAGGUUCCUUCAAAGGAAAUGGAGGUAUGAUGGGGAUGGAGUGUGGGGAGAGGUGAGGGGAUGUAAGGCACAGGGCUUACUGCUGUGAAUGGCACGAUUCCAUUCAGGAUAAUUUUUUCUGAGCUCAAUGUUGAAUGUUCAUCAGGUGGCAGGAGGCUGCCAGUUACGUACUGCCACCGCAGGACCCUUGUGGGAGUAGCUGUCAUGCAGCACGUGCAGUGAGAUGGUCAGAGACCUGCUGUGCCACUUAAAGAGCUGCAAGUCUGUGGGGCUGGAUGGGGUCCACCCAAGGAUACUGGAAGAGCUGGUGGAAGACCUGGCUGAGCUACUUUCAGUUGUUUACCAGCGGUCCCAGCUAACCAGGGAGGUCCUGGUUGAAUGGAGGUCAAAUGGGACACCUGUCUGCAAGAAGGGUCAGAAGGAAGAUCCAAGGAACUACAGGCCUGUCAGCACAAUCUCGGUGUUGGGGAAGGUCAUGGAGCAAAUCAUCUCAAGUGCUAUCAUGUGGCAUGUGCAGGACAACCAAGGGAUCAGGCCCAGCCAGCAGGUGGGGUUGUGAAGGGCAGGUCCUGCUUGACCAACCUGAUCUCCUUCUGUGACAAGGUGACAAGCUCAGUGGAUGAGGGAAAGGUUGUGUAUGUUUUCCGCUUGGACUAUUGUAAAGCCUUUCUCCCACAGUGUCCUCCUGGAGAAACUGGCUGCUCAUGGCUUGGACAGGUGCAUUUGUACCAGCAGUAGCGUUGCCAGCAGGAGCAGGGCAGUGACCAUCCCCCUGUACCCAGCACUGCUGAGGCCACAGCUCCAAUCCUGUGCUCAGCUCUGGGCCCCUCACUGCAGGAAAGACAUGGAGGGGCUGGAGCGUGUCCAGGGAAGGGCAACGGAGCUGGGGAAGGGUCUGGAGCACAAGUGCUGUGAGGAGCAGCUGAGGGAGCUGGGGGUGUUCAGCCUGGAGAAAAGGAGGCUCAGGGGGACCUCAUCACUCUCUGCAGCUGCCUGACAGGAGGAUGCAGCCAGGUGCGUGUCAAGUCUCUUCUCCCAGUCAACAAGUGACAGAACAAGAGGAAAUGGCCUCAGGUUGUCUUAGGUCAGGUUUAGUUUGGAUAUUGGAGAAAAUUUCUUAACUGAAAGGCUUGUUGUCAAGCACUGGAACAGGCUGCCUAGAAAAGUGGUGGAGUCACUAUGCCUGGAAGUGUUCAGAAACAAUGUGGGCUUACUGCUUAGGGACAGAAGUUAGUGGCUAGGUUAAUGGUCAGACUUGGUCUUUUCAAUCUAAACAGUUCUGUGACAAGGUAUGUCACCCUUUGUUUCCUUGUUGUAAACAUUUUCUGACACACUUUUUUUCUAAGGUGGUAGAAUUUUGUUGAACUUCAAUAUUUGAACAAUCCUUCUGACCCAUUUGACUCCUGUUGCUAGGAGGCUUAUUACUUAAUGCUUUUUUCACUCCGCCUCAGGAAUUUAAUCUUUAUAACCCAUGGCUGCUGUUAAAUGCCACAGUGAGGAGGUGAGUAAGCUGCAUGUUUCAUUAGCUUUGUUUUCUGUUUUCUCACGCUUUAGAAGUCAGGCAAUUCUAGCUUAUUAUGAGCAGGUUAUAAUUAAGUUUGGAAGCUUCUACAAACUAGAAGAGUUCUGGUUUGAUUUCCCUUUUGUUUGAGUAUGAAUCAGCCCUCACCAGGAUAAUGGGUCAUUUCUGUUGAACAGUUGUAUGGAAAACUUGGAAUACAUAGUCCUGUCCUAAAUAGGUCAAAAGCUGAAGAGGCAAAAGAUAGGUAUGUUCAGUUAAUGUUUUCUAGACUGAUGGAUUUAUCUUUUUUUCUUUUCUCUUUGAUACAGGGAUCACUGUACGGCGUGUGCUUGGGUACCAGCGAGACAGCAGUUUAUUAGAAAGUCGUGUAAUUGCUUCCAAAUUAAAGUUCUGAUUAGAAGCUGGCA